CCAGGACCCUGACAGGUGGAGCUGAACCGGGACCAGAAGCGGCAGGACCGGGUUGUGAUGCUGAGCGCAGUGAAGAUGGAAGGACACGAAGCUCCGGACUGGAGCAGCUACUACAGUGAAGAGGUGUACUCUCCAAUGCCUGGAGCUGGGAUGGCCACUGGCCUCGGUAUGGGCUCCAUGCCGGGCUACAUGUCCAGCAGUGGGACUACGUCGGGGUCUUUUAACAUGUCGUACAGUGGAACCGCCUUGAGUCCUGCCCCCGUAGGUGGGAUGUGCAAUUCAGCUCAGACAGCCAUGUCAAGUCUGGGUGGAGGAGUGACCUCCAUGGGCGGGACCCUAAGUCCAUCUGGUAUGGGCUCGCAGCAGACCACAAUGGGCCUAAAUCCAUAUGGAAGCAUGAGUCCCACCAUGAGUUCUGGGAUGGGAUAUGGCAGUGGUGGACUGAACCGCCCGCGGGAGAACAAGGCUUUCAGGCGGAGUUACCCACACGCCAAGCCUCCAUAUUCCUACAUCUCCCUGAUCACUAUGGCAAUCCAGCAGGCACCUAGUAAGAUGCUAACUCUGAGUGAGAUCUACCAGUGGAUCAUGGACCUGUUCCCUUACUACAGGCAGAACCAGCAGCGGUGGCAGAACUCCAUUCGCCACUCACUCUCCUUCAACGACUGCUUCGUCAAGGUUUCUCGCUCUCCAGACAAACCAGGGAAAGGCUCCUUCUGGACCCUACACCCGGACUCUGGAAACAUGUUUGAGAACGGCUGCUAUUUGCGGCGCCAGAAGAGGUUCAAGUGUGAUAGGAAAAUUUCAGCCAAAUCGGAAGGAAGGAAGGAGGUAGGAGGUAGCAGUGGGGGAGGAGCAUCUCCAACAGGUGACUCCUCUCUUCCCUCCUCCAGUCAGACGGCCUCGCCUCCCAGUCUGGACCUGCGAGGGGGGUCAGACCUGAAGGUCCCGGGGUCUCAGCUCCUGUCCUCCCUGUCGUUGCCUCCUCACACCAUGGCUCAUGAGGCCCAGCUGCACAUCAAAGGCGACGCCCACUACGCCUUCAACCACCCGUUCUCCAUCAAUAACUUGAUGUCGUCGUCAGAGCAGCAGCACAAACUGGACCUGAAGGCGUACGAGGCGCUGCAGUACUCUUCCUACGGCACCGGCACGGCGCCAGGCUUCGGAGCCAGGAGCAUGGAGCCUCUGGAGGCGACAUACUACCAGGGGGUUUAUCCCAGACCACUUCUCAACACGUCUUAGGGUCUGCCACUGCUCCACGGUCCUGAGGUGACUCUGCAUGGACGUUGUGUGGGACUGUGAUUACACUGCUGGUCUCUCAGGUCCUGACCAGCAGAGCUGGAACCUGGGCCUAUAAUUGUACCAGGACCAGGAUCUGUUGACAGUUUCUCCUUCUACACACCGUCAGUGACUUGUUCCUGAUCAAAUGAACAUCAAUCUUCAGUCAGAACGUGAUCAUUUAGAACAUAUUAAUGAACACCACAUUGGUCAGACAUGAUAAGAUCAAUGGGUGUCUCACACUCACAGGCACAGGGGGCGUGAGAGAGCAGAUUAUGUGGAUUGAAGGGUCAGUUUUCUGAACCCACACAGUUGGCCCCGCCCCUCUCUUUGAUUCAAUGAUCAGUUAUCAACAACUCCAUCCAACUGGUUCACUGGUCAAUAAUCCAUCCAAGACCCUGUUGCUGUGACACUUUGAUUUUAGCCAUGUCAUAAUAUAACAAUAAAAAACAAACAUUUCCUGCUUGGACAGGAUCUUUGUUUGUGACUCUCACUCUGUGGGUAAAAGGAGAAACCACGCUCUGAUCCAAUCUGUAUUUAAAUCACUGAUUAUUGAUUAUUAUUAACUAUCAUCAUGUGCAUGAAUGAAGUGGGGGCUCUUCUUCUCUUUCUCCCUUCUUUUUGCUCUUCUUUUUGCACUUGUUCUCCUUCUGUGUUAUUUCAUCUUAUUUUCAUUCUCUCUGUUCUCUCCUGAACAAACUGCUCACAAACUCCCAGUCUGAAGGAGAGAAAAAGGAGGAAAGCAAGAAAGGAAGAAUGAAUGAAUGCCCCUUGUCCUCGUGCUUCUCGUUGGUUUUUGACUCUGAUGCAUGUUUUUAAAUUAUUCUGUCAUUUUUAAAUAAAACAAAAACACAGCAAUUGAUGAUUGACUUGUGUUUAUUAUCUUAAUUAUCAUAUAAAAUUUAUUUAAAAAUAAAAUAUUUACUCUGAUUUCUACAUUAUAUUAUUUUUAUUGUUGGUGAUUUCGUUUCCUGUGAUAUAUAUAUAUAUAUGUUUAAUGACGUCAUAUUUUUUAUUUUUUCAGUUGUUUUAUUGUUUUAAGGAUGCUACAGGAAAAUAUUGUUUUCUCGUGGUGAAAUUGAUAACGUUGUAUAAUAUUAUUAUUUUCCCGGUUUAUCCGUUUACAUUUGUUUAUUCUCCUCAUAUUUUUCCCGUUUUAAAAAAAUAUUCUGUUCGCUAAUUAGUCACUAACAGAUGGAGCCGAAAACAGACGAGCGCAGCCGAGCGUCGGUGGGACGUUCAAGCUGCAGAACCGAAGAAAAUGUGGAAUUAAUAAAAACAUUUAACACAUAGGAUGAACAUUAUCAGUAAUAACAAUUAUAAUAAUUGUGAAGAUCAUAAUAAUAACAGAUCUAAUUAUCUCUAACCGAUAAGAUAAUUGCUAUAUUUAAGUUUACGGCCAUUUCAAAUGGCAAGAAUUUGACGGCGUUUUAUAUUUGUUCUCUCUUUAACAUUUCCCUCGAAAUUGACUCAGCAUUUCUGGUUCUGUAUAUGCACCGCUGACGUCAACGAACAUAUUAUAUGUUCAUUGCUAGUAAACACGAGCGUGAGCGUGAGCGUGUGUGUGUGUGUGUGUGUGUGUGGUCACCGCUGACUGAACGGAUCAGCUGCUUCUUUUACUGCCGUGACCUUUAAGAUUUAACCAAACACACACGCACAAAAGAGAAACACGGUUAAACCUGCGGGUUUAACCUUUCAGAGCCGCGACACAAUAAUAAUAAUAAUGAUAAAAAUAAUGAUAAUAAUAAUGGAUUUUAUCUUAACAUCUUUUUUAUGAUAAAUGUAUACUUUAUAUUAUAUAAUAUAAAUUAAUGUGAAAAUAUAUUCUAAAAACAUGUCUACAAAUAUUUAAAUAAAAAGGCAUUUUUACAAGGAUUUAUAAAAACAAUCACAAUCAAAUCGCAUCAUAUGAUAUUAUUAUCAAAAUUAAAAACUAAUUCUACAAAAACGGGAGACUUUAAAUACAAUCUUUACACUUGACCUUUCACACAUUCCUUCUUCUUUGUUUUUAAAGACUUUUUUUUUUAUAUCAUCACUGCAUGAACCAUCUUGUUUUUAGUUUUUUCACGAUUCUCUGUUAUUUCCGUCUGUCAUUUUUAGACACUGAAGACUGUGUCACAUCACAGUAAUCUGA